AUGGAUCUGGACGAGUCUCUGCCGGAGAAUGAGGCCUCCAUGGACACCGUCCUCCCGUCCAGGGCAGAUGCUAUCUAUCUGAAUCUGGAGCCAGAUGAGAAUAUUGAUGCGCAUGAUGUGAACAGCAUCCUCGACAAUAGCGAUGUCGAUUCGGCCUUGGGCGAUGAGGAGCUCGACCGGCAAAGUAUGGAUAACUAUCUCAAAGUCAUGGACCGCGAAGAACACCCAGAGUCGGAAGUCAUAGGCGUGGAUUUGUCUCCCGUGCAGCCCGGUUUUACACCCCCGAAUGUCCAUUACGAAAUCGACGACCUGGAAGAAGAGUGGAGCUUCUCCAGGAAUUUCGAUUACAUUCAUUCCAUGAUGAUGACGGGUGCCUUUCGGGACUGGCCCAACUUUUAUCGGCAGGCCUUUGAGAACCUCAAUCCCGGCGGCUGGGUUGAAUGUCAGGAUAUAAAUUUUCCGAUGAAAUGUGACGACGACACCAUUGCUCCACAGUCAGAUCUUGGUCGGUGGAAUGAGCUGAUGAUGGAGGCUGGCACUCUCUCGGGGUUCCGACUCGAUCUAUGCGACAGGGCGGCGGAGAUGAUGUCGGCAGCGGGGUUCGUCGACAUUGUUCGAAUACCGUACAAGUGGCCGAUUAAUCAAUGGCCAAAAGAUGUCAGAUAUAAGACAUUGGGCGAGUGGACUGAAGCCAAUUUUGUCUUUGGUCUCGAGUCGAUCAUGCUCGCGCUAUUCACGCGUUUCCUGGGCUGGAAAAAGGAAGAAGUCUGGGAGUUCAUCGCAAGGGUGAUUGCCGAAUGGAGGGACCUCAGGAAUCAUGGCUACUUCGAGAUUUAUGUGACGUAUGGCAGGAAACCAUAG